UGAACUUUGCACAGUUUAGGAUUUUUCUUUUUCUCCAAAAUGAUAAGAAAAAGAGGAAUUCAGAACAUAAUUCAGAACGUACUGAUUUCACUCGCAUGAUUGCGCCUGGCCCACGCCCACGGGCCCCGGCCCCGGCUAGAUGCUACCAUGACGGCCCGUGACAGCCAUGACAUUUAUUGAUGCUGCAUGCUGCUGCAGUGAGAGGAGUACAUGAUGCCGGUCGACCAGAAACGGAUUAAUGGGCCAGAUGCUUCUGUACCAUAUGAUAUUUACGUUUAUUCUGAAGUAAAAGACAAGGGAAUACAACCAGAUGCUCCGAAGAGGCACGAUGGCCGCUCACAUAACGAGCUUAGAAAUAUAUUUUUGAAAACGGGCAUAGUUAGUCAGGCAAAGGGCUCUGCAUACAUUGAAAUGGGUGAUACCAAAGUCAUCUGCUCUGUAUUCGAUCCUAGAGAAGUGCCAAACAAAUCGGGAUACUGUGUGCAAGGGGAAUUGCAUUGCGAAUUCAAGUUUGCACCUUUCUCUCAUCGCAAGCGAAAAUUGCAUCAACAAGACGCAGAAGAGAAAGAGUAUAGCCUGAUACUUCAGAGAGCUUUGGAACCAGCAGUAUGUCUGCAAGAGUUUCCUAAUUUCCAAGUCGAUGUCUACGCGACAGUUCUCGAUAAUGGGGGAUCUGCACUAGCCGCGGCGAUAAUGGCAGCUAGUCUAGCUUUGGCAGAUGCUGGAGUACCAAUGUUUGGUUUAGUCACCGCGUCCACUGUUGGUGCAUGUGGUCAAACGUAUCUAGUGGACCCAACGGAUACAGAAGAAACUUUUUGUUUCACAAAGGCCAAACCAGGCACGAUGGACGAUCACGGAAUUGUCGUGCAAGCCGCACUUCCGCAACACGGUCAAAUUUCUGAAAUGUUCGUAAUAGGCAGUUUAGACGUGGAUACCAUAGAACAUUCCAUGGAUCUCUUGAGCGGGGUUCACAAAGAUAUAUGUCCCUUACUAGAACAAUGUCUUGUAAAAACUAUAUUCAGAACGUUUCGCUCAAAUAGCGAAAAAACUGAUGACAAGUAAAGGAAGUGUAAUAUUUUUAAUUCAUGUGUACAAUUGAUAUAGA